ACCUAAAGGUAAAACGUUAUGAUAUUUCCUUACAGAAGGUUGUAUUUUAAACGAGAACGUUAGAAUAUGGACUACUCUGGUGACCUAACAUUCUGGCGGGAAACUGAAAAGAACCAAGAGUGGAGACAGUCUGGUUGUCAACACCAUUAUUUCUGUCAACAAACGUCCAAGUUUGGUAUUUUGCCACUUAAUACAAAGUUAAAGUACAGAAAUUACUAGGAGGCGCUUUAACCAUGUCGACGACUGAAGUGCAGCAAAUGAUCCAGUACUCCGAGAAGUACAAGGAUGAGAAGUUUGAGUAUCGUCACGUGAUUCUUCCUUCAGAACUUAUCCAUCAGGUCCCCAAGAACCACCUGAUGACAGAGACAGAGUGGAGAAACCUGGGUGUUCAGCAGUCUCCAUACUGGAUCCACUACAUGAUCCACUGUCCCGAGCCACAUAUACUCCUCUUCAGACGGCUGCGCCAGGCUUCCGAUUGACACGUUUAGUUCAAGUGAGUUAGUGAAACAGCACGAGACAACAUCCAUGUCUGUUUGUUUGUCCAUCCGUUUGUUUGUUCAAAAAGGAAACUUUUAAAACGCAGACCCAAUCCACAUAUUAUCCAUGCCAGGCUUCCGAUUGACACGUUUAGUUCAAGUGAGUUAGUGAAACGGCACGAGACC